GACCAGAGAUGCUUUACCCUUUUUCCUUCACUGACAUCAUGGGCCUUGAGAGGGGAAACGAUAGAGGAAUUUGUGUGGAGGACAUCAAACUGGCCAUGAUGGGACACAUAAACGAUGGAUACACUUUCAAUCCUCUCUCUCAAAUACGCAAGGAUGAUCAAUAUUACAACACAAACCCCACACCAAAGGACCGUGUUCAUGUUCUGGUUUGUGUCAUCUCUUCUUUCUCUCCCAUACUCGACGUUUUGAGUGAUACACUAUUCAUAAAGAUGAGAGAAGUCAGACUUGCUGCCAGAGACAUGGGGAUUCCUCUAAUGGCUAUUCUCACCAAAAUUGAUGAAACCUGUCCAGAGGUCGAAAAAGAUAUAAAGAACGUGUAUAAGAGCAAGCACCUGAAGAGACAGAUGGAGAAAUUGAGUUUGGCCCUGGAUAUUCCACUUUACCGCAUAUUUCCUGUUAAGAACUACCACUCA